AUGAAGCUGUCCAUCGUUUCCACCCUCCUGGCCCUGACGCCUGCUGCUCUGGCCGACUGGCACUUUGCCAAGAACAAGGAGAUCAAGUACACGGCCGUCCCGGAAUUCUUCAUGCAGGAUGACCCGGCUACUGACCCCAAGACGUUCGACUACGCUCAAUGGAACUUUGGCCUCUUGAACCGCACUUAUCCCACUGACCCCAAGAACCCUCGCAAGGGUUACAAGACUCAGUGGGAGCGUUUCGCUCAGUAUGUCAAGCACCUCAACCGCAAUGCUAGUCGUGACAGGGUCCGUUAUAAGGUCCUUGUUAUGGGUCGCCACGGUGAGGGUUGGCACAACGCUGCCGAGAGCUUCUAUGGCACUCCUGCCUGGAACUGCUACUGGGGCGAGCAGUCAGGCAAUGGCACUGCCGUCUGGGAAGACCCCCUUCUCACUCCCGCAGGUCUCAGCGAGGCCUACAAGGCCAAUGCCUACUUCAAGACCCGAUUUGAGCACGAGGGUAUGCCCUACUUCGAGUCGUACUACACCUCUCCUCUGGCCCGCUGCGUCGUCACUGCCCACGAGACCUUCAAGGGCCUGAAGCUCCCCAAGUCCAACCGCUUUGAGCCCAUCGUCAAGGAGUGGCUUCGCGAGGGUGUUAGCAUCCGCACCUGCGACCACCGUUCCAGCAAGAGCUACAUCAAGACCUUGACCCCCAAGAUCAAGUUCGAGAAGGGCUUCUCUGAGAAGGACAAGCUUUGGACUGGCAAGAAGGGCGAGACUGGUGAGCAUCAGCUGGCUCGCAGCAAGGAGGUCCUCGACGAUAUCUUCACCAGCGACAAUGCUGUUUGGAUUAGCAUCUCCAGCCACUCUGGUGAGAUCACCAAGCUUCUUCAGGCCCUCAACCACCAGCCUUUCCGUCUGGCUACCGGUCAAAUUAUCCCCGUCCUUGUCAAGGCCGAGGUUGUCUACGAGGAGCCUACCUCUACUUACGUUUCUUGGACUACCGAGGCUACAUGCAACGCGCCCCCAGUCACUAGCAUCGGAGGACAGGGCUGUGUCUGCUCCAGCACUGCCACUUUGGCUUCUACACCAGCCAAGGCUACAAGCUAA